GUUUUGAAAGUGGCGGUGUACAAAAUCCCCCCGCGUUCCACCUCCGUCGGCUACAAGUGCGGGGAGUGGCUGCAGUCGGACAAGAUCUGGUCGGGGCGGCUCCGGGUCGUUUCCUGCAAGGAGCGGUGCGAGAUCCGGCUGGAGGAUCCGAACUCGGGGGAACUGUUCGCGGCCUGCUUCGUCCCGCGGGGGCAGCGGGAGACGUCGGUGGAGCUGGUGCUGGACUCGUCGCGCUACUUCGUGCUCAAGAUCGAGGACGGCGCAGGGAGGCACGCCUUCAUCGGCCUGGGGUUCGCCGAGCGAAACGAGGCGUUCGAUUUCAACGUCGCCCUCUCCGAUCACGAGAAGUACGUCCGCAGGGAGCACGACAAGGAAACCGGGGAGAGCAGUGCCGCCGGUGCUGCCGACGACAUCGACAUCCACCCCGCCGUAAAUCACCGGCUCAAGGAAGGCGAGACGAUUCGGAUAAAUGUAAAGCCUAAGCCGACUAGCAGUGGAACCGGAAUGCGUUUUGGGGGGUUUUUUUUUUGUCUUAAAUGA